CACACCUCACCUACUCUCUCUGCCCUGACACAAGCCCCAGGCUUGCACUGAACUGUGAGCUGUAGGAAGUCCAGGUCCCGGUUGCAGCCACAGGGGAGUCAGAUGCAUCACGUGACCGCGCGGGGUGGAGGGAGGUUGAGUCGCGCGGCUGAGACGCCAGGCGGUCACCUAGCAACAGCGAGCCGCAGAGCAAUGGAGACCCGUAGCAGGGAGCUCCAAGCCGCGGAGUAUUUGGAAAAGCAUCGGAUCAAGGAGCUGGUGAGCUACCUCACCAGCGCCCUUCUAUUUUUCCGGCCGGAAAAACCAAGAGAAUAUUUAAUAUCUCUAUUGGAACGUCUGAGAAUUGCAAAAGUAACAGGCGUAGCAUUCCCGUUCUUUAUGGAUAACUCUAAUGUUGUAUCUAUGUUUGAGAUGAUGGACUCCUCCAACAGAGGCACCAUAUCAUUUGUGCAGUAUAAAGAAGCCCUAAAAACCCUUGGUCUGUGCACUGAAGAUGAAGAUUUAGAAGAUGAUGGACACAGAAUCACUUUGGAGCAAUUCAAGGAUGAAGUGAACAAGAGGAUUACGGAAAUAUGGUCGGCAUUCUAGUAACACUAUAAGUCCAAGAUAAUAAAUGAUUCCAUAAAGUUUUCCAGUUUCAUUAAUUCAGAAUUUCAUCAUUCAUCAUAUAACCUGAAAUCAAACUGGCUUCUUCUUAAAAAGCAAAAAAAACCUUUUUCUGAAAAACAUUAUUUUCCAGUAUUAGGCCAAUUGGUCCUCAAAUUAAGUAGAAUCUCAACAUCUUGUUGAGCCAGUUUAUAUAUUCCAACUUCAUUUAAUGCUGCUGUGGCAGGAAGUUGCCCUGAAGCUGACUGCAGUACUUCUUUCAGGAGUAGUGCAGAACCGACGUUCAAAUUCAGAACAAUACAGGCUUCUUUUAUACUGUUUAGGGAAAACAAAGGAGGGAAGUGAGAUCUACAUUAUCUGCAUCAUCCAUAUUACAACAAUUUGAGAAUCUAAACAGUUUCUCUGCACUGCUGGUCCACAUGUUCACUAUGAAAAUAGGGAUUUAUUGGUUCUUUUAAUGUGGUAAGUUAACAUGGUAAGACUACACAGGUGCAGAGUUUAUAUUUCUUUACUAUAAGGUAAUAGGAUCCCUAUUUCAAUAUGUAUCCAUGCCCCUAAAUACUGCAUAUGAACACUCUAUUAAAUAUAGGUAUAACUUUAGAUUAGAAUAUGGGAAACGACAAAAAUAAGGGAUAAAAUAAAAGCAGAAAGAACAU